AGAGUUCCGCGACACAACUUUACCACCUUAUACAACACCGGUGGUGAGGAUGAGUCUGCCCUCGCAGAUCUGCAUGUCAGAAAAGGGCCUGCGUCACCCCCUUCCCCUUCUCGGCUAACGGGAUGUGCGUCAAUUGGGCGUGGGCGCUGGGUUAGCCGGCAUCCACGGUUGAGUUUGUUGGCAGAGGGUUGAGUCUCUGGCCUUCCUUCCUGUUUCUGGUUUUCUUUCACGGGUUUCACUUCUUUCACAUACGUAUUCUCAAGGAACUGAAAAUUCGCAACGACACGCUUGAUCUACCUCUAUUAUUCUAUUUAGACUAAUCAUUAUCUUGACUACUCUGCGAAAAGACAACUGAGCUGAACAUGGACAUGGACACCAUAACACGACCAUCUGUAGAAUCGAAGCGACAUCACACUUUCCGCCGCCAUCGCAGCGGAAGCCAUCUAUCCAAACACUCGCUUCUUCCUUCCCACAUCUUCGAAGGCACCGACGCUGUACUCCAAAAACGCAAAAUCGCUCUCGACCGAGUCAUAGAUACGCACCACGCUCUCGAACUGAAAUAUGGCCACGUAGCAACACCCACGAGUACCGCCAGCGACCGACCGACUUCAUCAUCUUCAUCCAUCUCCUACGAUCCCUUCACCACAGAUCUCGGCGACCUAUCUAUACCCGACGCUGAAGUGCGCACGUUUCGAUAUCUUCUUCACAGAUGGGAGCCCAGGAUCGAAUGGGCCGACGCAGAAUUUGACAAAGCGAUCGAGCGACGAAGGGAGAGCUUCGAAGAAGCUGCCAUUAAGCACUUCAUCAGCCGAGUAGCACUGUGGGAUGCCAAUGAGGAAGAGAAACAAACCCAGUCACGCAGCGCAUUCUCGUUCCUGGGUAGACGGAGGAGAUCGAGAGCAAAGAGCGAUGCGAGCAGGAUGCUGAGCAUUGCGGAAACGGCGAAAGAGGAUGCUGGGCUAGACGCAUUGAAGGAAGUUACUACUAGAGAGGGGUUGGCGCAACUACUCUGGACCUUAUUGGCGAAAGAUGAACCGGCGACCGCGAGAUUGAGAAAGGAGUGCAAGCAGGCGUUGGAUGAGUGGUAUCAGGUGAAAAUCAUUACAGAUGGGUCGAGGGACAGUUGAGAGGUGUCCACAGGUCUCUUCAUUGCCUGGUCCGAUUUCGUAAAAGCUGUGGCUGUCAUGUUUUCAGAUAUACUAUACCGGUAAUAGAUCGUGGCUCUCGGGUUGAGAGAUGUGAAUUUAUGCAGAUGGGACAAAAUACAGUGUUCUUGUUCUUACUGUACCCCAGU